AUGGACGAUGAGACGACGAAAAUGAAGGUUAAGGAUCAAUGCCAAUGCAGCCAAAACGACAAGGUCAAUCUGGCGACAAUGCAGCAACACAAACAAUGUACCAAUGACGAGGACGACAGUGGUGGUGGUUGUGGUGACGACAACAACACUGCUGGUGACUGCCGUGAAUCAAUAAGAAAUAAAACAAAUAGCCAGGCUGUAAAUGAGAAAGUGAUUGCGGACGGAACUGAUGCAAAUUUUUGUGAAUCGCCCGACCAAGACGACAACAACGACGUGGAAGUGGAAGUAUAUCAUGUAAAUAUGUUGCCCGAUGAAAUGUUGGAAUUUAUUUUAACCUACCUGCCGCCAUAUAAGGAUUUGGAAAAUUGCCGUUUGGUGUGUAAACGUUGGAAUGGCAUUGUGAAGAAUCUCAUACGCCGCUCCAAAAUCAAUUUACACAAGGGCCUGGUGGACUAUCGCCUCAGCUGGCAGGUGUAUUCCCAGCAAACUGCCGCCUCCAUUGAGGCCAAAAAUGCUGGCACAAAUUGUGGCAGUCCCACAACACCCAUUAUUGCUGGCCGCUUCUCGCAUUCCGCUGUACGCCAUGGUAAUUCCAUGUAUGUCUUUGGUGGUGGCAGUUCUUCGGAUACGACCUUCAAUGAUUUGUGGCGUUUUGAUUUGUCGGAAAUGCGUUGGGAACGUCCGCUGUCGAUGGGUUCAUAUCCAUCGCCCAAAGGCAGUGCCUCUAUGGUGUGUUGGCGUGAACAAUUGGUAUUGUUUGGUGGUUGGCGUUAUCCCUCCUUGCAUCCGCCCUAUCAGCAGUGGUGUUUGUUUGAUGAGCUGCACUAUUAUGAUUUACUGACCAAUCGCUGGACAGUGGCGCUGACAUUGACCAGUCCUCCACCCCUAGCUGGCCACUCGGCCAGUGUCCAUGGGGAUACAAUGGUCAUAUUUGGUGGUUAUCAAAUUAUUGAUGGUGUCAAUUCGAAUUCCAAUGAAACCUGGUGUUUAGACCUCCAAGAACAUCGUUGGUGGCAACCCACUUUCCUAGGUACCCUGAAGCCGCCAGCUCGUUAUGGACAAUUUCAGUUGGUGUUGGAUGAGAAACAUCUGUUGGUGGUGGGUGGUUGUGGUGGCCCCAAUAGUGUCUAUUCCGAUGCCUGGCUUCUGGAUAUGUCAAGGGAUUUGUGGCAAUGGAAAUCAAUACCGGUGCGUAAUAAAAAAUAUGCCGCCUCCCAUAUGUGGUGUAAUCCUGCGUGUAAAAUUGACUCGAAAUUGGUUGUGUUGGGGCCCACGCCGAAUAUGCCACAAGAUUUCCAGCUAAUGAAACAGGCUCGGGUACCGGUGGGUGGUGGAAGGGCUGCUCCCCGGCCAGGUGAGGGUUUAGGACGCAAUAACCACAACAAUGCUUUGGAUAGGCAUAGACCCCGAGCCAUGAUGGAUGGUGCGGGGCCCGUCAGAAUACCUGCCGUCAAUCAUAAUCGUGUGGAAAAUCAAAGGAGACCACCCGGUGCCAUACCACGUGAUGGUCCCGAUGAUCACUAUUUUGCCCAAAGGAGGGCGAUUCUCAAUCAGCAUCAACAAAAUGCCAAUAACAACAACUUCGUGAACAACCAAAAUCACAUUCAUAAUUUACAACCGCGCUAUGGCAGUUUAAGGGAUUUGCAUCAGGCGGCCUCGCCGCCGGAGGAAAGAAAUCAAAAUCGGCCCUCAACAUCGGCGGGGUCUUCACCGCGGUUUAAUGGCUCUCAUCAUCAGCAUCAGGAUAAUGAAGCCAAUGGCGGCCUAGAUCAGGAGGCUGCCAAUCGCCUACAACGCAAUCUUGCCCUGCGCUGCCGUGAAAAUGAGCCCCUACUGCCCAAACGAUUCGAUGAACUAUACGAGGAUCAAUUCCGUAUGGCUGCCUUUAAUGUACAAAACCGUCCACGAUCCCUUUCGAAGGAUCACAAUGAACGUAUACGACGCAUGGAGGAAAAAAUGAAUGCAUUACGCAAUUCGCGACGCAGUGCCGCCCAGGUCGAACAGAAAGUCGUCAAAGAACCAUCACCGAAGAGGGCGAAACGCAAUGUCUUGUCAUUGUUUGUAUGUGAUUUAUCGAAUGCCUUAUGCGAAACAGCAGAACCCUAUAUAGAAUGGUUAGAGUAUAAGAAUUAUGGUGUCAUACCGGGGGCCCCCGAGAGACUAAUACUAUCGACAAUGGUACCCGGUCACGGUGAAUUGAUAUUAUUCGGUGGUGUUCACAAGGAAACGCUAAGUGAAAUAACACAUCAAGUUUCUAAUACGGUACACUUUUUAAGUGCUCCCCGUGAUAUUGUAUAG